AUGCACAUUUGUGGCCUGCUGGAGGUCAUUUUGCAGGGCUCUGGCAGUGCUCCUCCUGCUCCUCCUUGCAGAAAGGCGGAGGUAAGGGUCCUGCUGCUGGGUUGUUGCCCUCCUACGGCCUCCUCCACGUCUCCUGAUGUACUGGCCUGUCUCCUGGUAGCGCCUCCAUGCUCUGGACACUACGCUGACAGACACAGCAAACCUUCUUGCCAUAGCUCGCAUUGGUGUGCCAUCCUGGAUGAGCUGCACUACCUGAGCCACUUGUGUACCAACCCAUGUGCCAGGAGCAACGGAGGCUGUCAGCAGCUCUGCUUUCACCUGGGUAGCGGACGUAGGACUUGUUCCUGUGCCCAUGGCCACCUGGCAGAAGAUGGCUUCGCCUGUGAGCGCUACGAGGGCUACCUGCUCUAUUCUGAGAGAACCCUACUGAAGAGCAUCCACCUCUCAGACGAGAGCGACCUCAACUCACCCGUCCAGCCCUUCGAGAGGCCCGCCUACUUCAAGAAUGUCAUAGCGCUGACCUUUGAUUACCGCCAGAAAACCGGUGGAGGGACCAAUCGCAUCUUCUUCAGCGACAUCCAUUUUGGGAAUAUCCAGAUGAUUAAUGACGACUGGACAGGACGAUCUGUCAUAGCUGAAAAUGUGGGUUCAGUGGAGGGGUUGGCGUACCACCGUGCCUGGGACACUCUGUACUGGACCAGCUCAACCACCUCCAGCAUCACCAGGCACAGCGUGGACCAAAGUCGGCCCGGUUCCUUUAGCAGAGAGGCUGUGGUCACACUCUCUGAAGACGACCACCCCCAUGUCCUCGCCCUGAAUGAGUGCCAAAACCUGAUGUUCUGGACUAACUGGAACGAGCAGCGUCCCAGUAUUAUGAGGUCCACCCUGGCUGGAAACAACAUGAAGGUGAUCGUCAGCACAGACAUUCUCACUCCUAACGGACUCACCAUCGACCACAAAGCUGAGAAGAUCUACUUCUCUGAUGGAAGUCUGGGGACGAUAGAGAGGUGUGAUUACGACGGCUCACACAGAUAUGUCAUUGUGAAGUCAGGACCAGGAAUGUUCUUUGGCCUGGCUAUUUAUGGGGAGUUUAUCUUUUGGUCAGACUGGGCUCGCAGAGCCGUGCUGAGAUCCAACAAGUACACAGGUGGAGAAACAAAGGUACUGCGAUCAGACAUCCCCCACCAGCCCAUGGGAAUCAUUGCUGUAGCAAACGACACCAACAGCUGUGAGCUGUCCCCGUGUAGAGUCAAUAACGGUGGCUGUGGUGACCUGUGUCUGUUGACCCCAGAUGGAAGAGUCAACUGUAGUUGUCGGGGAGCACGUGUCUUAUUAGAUGACAACAAAUGCAUUUCAGAGAAUUCCUCCUGCAACAUCCACACAGAGUUUGAAUGCGGAAACGGCGAGUGCAUCAACUAUCAGUUCACGUGUGAUGGAGUAGCUCACUGCAAAGACAAGUCAGAUGAGAAAAUGCAAUAUUGUGACAACAGGAUUUGUAGGAGAGGCUUCAGGGCAUGCUACAACCAGCGCUGUGUGGCCAACAGUCGUUUUUGCGAUGGGGUCGAUGACUGUGGGGAUAACUCAGACGAGGCCUUCUGUAACAAUGUCACGUGCGUGUCGUCUGAAUCAUCCUGCCAAGAUGGGAGCUGUAUCACCGGCUCAGCCUGGUGUAACCAGGUCAUUGACUGUGCUGAUGCCUCAGAUGAAAAGAACUGCAACCACACAGACUGCUCUGACUUCUACAAACUGGGGGUAAAAGAGAGAGUCUUCAUUAGCUGUAACUCCACCUCACUGUGUAUCCACCCCUCCUGGAUCUGUGAUGGAGCCAACGACUGUGGAGAUUACGCAGAUGAGACCAACUGCCAGGUUUCCCAUGGGCAGAAAUGUGAAGAGGGCCAUUUCGCCUGCCCAAGCGGUAACUGCAUCUCCAGUGUGUGGCUGUGUGAUGGACAGAAGGACUGUGAGGACGGGGCAGAUGAAUUUCAGUGUGACUCCUCUUGCCUGUGGAACCAGUUUGCCUGCUCUAAGAACAAGUGCAUCGCCAAGCAGUGGUUGUGUGAUGGAGAGAACGACUGUGAGGACGGACUGGAUGAGAGUGUGCAGAUCUGUGGUUUGGUGACGUGUGCUCCAGGGUUAUUCAGCUGCCCUGGGUCCUAUGCCUGUGUCCCCAAACACUGGCUCUGUGACGGGGAGAGAGACUGUCCUGAUGGCAGUGACGAACUGGCUGCAGCUGGUUGUGCACCCAACAACACAUGUGAUGACAACUCCUUCCGUUGCCACAACAAAGCCUGCAUCCCCCUGCGUUUUGUCUGUGAUCAUGACGAUGACUGUGGGGAUGGAUCUGACGAGUCACUUGAAUGUGGCAAUCUGUGCAACGGUUCAUUCUUCAUGUGUUCCAAUGGACGCUGCAUCUCUGGGAGUCUGUGUGACAAGAAAGACGACUGUGGAGACAGGUCCGAUGAGAAGAACUGCAACGUGAACGAGUGUCUGAAUCGCAGAGUCAGUGGCUGUACACAGAACUGUCAGGAACUUCCUGUUGGAUACAAGUGCAAGUGUUGGCCUGGAUUCCGGCUGAAGGAUGACGGGAAAACGUGUGUGGACGUUGAUGAAUGUUCCUCCAGCCUGCCCUGCAGCCAGCGUUGCAUCAACACCUAUGGAUCCUUCAAGUGUCUGUGUGUGGACGGCUACGAAGCCCUGGAGCGCAGCCCCAACACCUGUAAGGCUCUCUCAGUGGAGGAACCGUUUCUCAUACUAGCAGAUCAUCAUGAAAUCAGGAAACUGAGUGUGGAUGGAUCAAACUACACCAUUUUGAAACAGGGCCUGAACAAUAUCAUCCACAUAGACUUUGACUACAAGAAGGAGUUCAUCUACUGGAUAGACUCUUCCAGACCCAGUGGACGGAGGAUCAACAGAAUGAGACUCAAUGGGAGUGACCUUAAGAUAGUCCAUCGUACAGCCGUCCCCAGUGCGCUGGCCCUGGACUGGAUAGGGAAGAACCUGUACUGGUGUGACAUCGAGAGGAAGAGCCUGGAGGUGUCUAAAGCUAACGGCCUGUACCCCUCUGUCCUGGUCAGCACUGGUAUCAGGAACCCCACUGACCUGGCCCUGGAUCCACAGUCAGGGUAUGUGUUCUGGGUGGACUGCUGUGAGUCCCCUUAUAUUGGUCGUGUGGGCAUGGAUGGCCGUGGGCAGGUCGUUAUCAUCGACAAGGAGAUCUACAGCCCAACUGCCCUCACUAUAGAUUACACCAACAAGAGGCUGUACUGGGCUGACGACAACCAUAUUCUGUUUGCCAACAUGGAGGGCUCCCAGAGACAUAAAGUGUCUUAUGACCACAUCCAAGGUGUGAUGGGUCUGACACUGUUUGAGGACUUUGUCUACUGGACGGAUGGGAAAUCCAAAUCACUCCGAAGGGCACAUAAAACAACUGGGGCCCAGGGGAUAGAGCUGCUUAACUCCUGGCAAGCCAUCAAGUCUGUUAAGAUUUACCAUUCACUACGCCAACCUGAAGUGUCCAAGCACCAGUGUCAGGUGGCCAAUGGAGGAUGUAGCCACUUGUGUCUCCUCUCCCCCAGCGGGGAACACAAGUGUGCUUGUCCAACUAAUUUCUACCUCGCCGCUGAUAAUAAAACCUGCCUCUCCAACUGCACUGCAAGUCAGUUCCGCUGCGGGACCGAUGAGUGUAUUCCUUUCUGGUGGAAGUGUGACACUGUUGAUGACUGUGGUGAUGGCUCAGACGAGCCUGCUGACUGUCCUGAAUUCAAAUGUCAGCCUGGUCGGUUCCAGUGUGGCACUGGCCUCUGUGCUCUUCCUCCCUUCAUCUGUGAUGGGGAGAACGACUGUGGAGACAACUCAGAUGAGGCUAACUGUGAGACAUACAUAUGUCUGUCAGGGCAGUUCAAAUGCACCCGGAAACAGAAGUGUAUCCCUCUAAACCUCCGCUGCAAUGGACAGGACGACUGUGGAGACGGAGAGGAUGAGACAGACUGUCCAGAGAGCACCUGUUCCCCAGAUCAGUUCCAGUGCAAGGCCUCCAUGCACUGCAUCUCCAAGCUGUGGGUGUGUGAUGAGGACCCGGACUGCACAGACGGGUCAGACGAGGCUAAUUGUGAUGAAAAGACCUGCGGACCUCAUGAAUUCCGCUGUGAAAAUAACAACUGCAUCCCGGACCACUGGAGGUGUGACAGCCAGAACGACUGUGGAGACAACUCAGAUGAGCAGAACUGCAAGCCAUUGACCUGUAACCACAAGGACUUUGCCUGUGCUAACGGGGACUGCAUCUCGGCUCGAUUCCGCUGCGAUGGAGACUAUGAUUGCCAUGAUAAUUCAGACGAGAAGGGCUGUGAGGCUCGGUGUGCUGAGGACCAGUUUCAGUGUCUCAAUAACCUCUGCAUCUCCCUCAAGUGGCUCUGUGAUGGCCAGGAGGACUGCAAGACAGGAGAGGACGAGAGAAACUGCCAGGGAACAGUGCUCCCCUCCUGCUCCUUAAAUGAGUAUGUGUGUGCCAGUGGAGGGUGUGUGUCGGCCAGUCUGAGAUGUGAUGGACAGGACAACUGUCUGGAUGGGUCAGAUGAGGCGGGCUGCGUGAAGGAGUGCAAGGAAGACGAGUUCCUGUGUCUGAACCAUGCCCACUGUAUCCCACGGAGAUGGCGCUGUGACGACAUCUUUGACUGUGUGGACCAUAGCGACGAGGAGAACUGCAGUCAAGGCAUCUUCUUCUGCCGUCCCGAUGAGUUCAUUUGCAACAACACCUUGUGCAAGCUCCACGCAUGGGUGUGUGAUGGCAAGGACGACUGUGGAGACAACUCAGACGAGGACACAGAGAUGUGUGCCAAACUUCCUUGUCCUCCUACACGGCCACACCGAUGUAGAAAUGACCGUGUGUGUCUGCGCCCUGACCAAUUGUGUAACAAGGUGGAUGACUGUGGGGAUAACUCGGACGAGAAGGAAUGUGGUGUGGUGUCUGGCCGACCCAGGCCUUGUGGGAAGGCAGAGUUCACCUGCAGUACCCAGCGCUGCAUCCCAGCCCAGCUGCAGUGUGACCUCUUCAAUGACUGUGGGGACGGGGGCUCGGACGAGCAGGACUGCAAGGCCUGUGCGUUUUCCCAUGGAGACGUAUGUGGAAAGAAGUCGAACCCAUGUGGGGAGGAUGCAAUUUGCAAUCAGACAAACACAAGUUCAAUAUGUCAUUGUAAAUCUGGCUUUAGGAGAAAUCUAAAGACUGGCCAGUGUGAAGAAAUCAAUGAGUGUCUUGGGUUUGACAUGUGUGCUCACUAUUGUACAAACACUAAAGGAUCCUACAAGUGUACUUGUGACAGGAAUUUUAAGGAAAUCAAUGGAAACUGUAUAGUAAAAGGACCAGAAGAUCGAGUGCUCUACAUAGCUAAUGACACUGAAAUCCGAAGUUUUGUGUAUCCAUUUAACCAGAGCCAUGGACACAAAUUCCUCACUCGCAUCGAGGACAAUGCCCGCAUUAUUGGGAUGGAUGCUCUGUUACACCAACAAAAGUUUAUCUGGGCUACACAGUUUAACCCUGGUGGACUUUUUUACAAAGAAAUCCUAGACAAGAGUCAAAGUAAAACUAUUGUCGGAAACAUAUGUUCAGACUUCCGUAGACCAAGGGAUGUGUCUGCUGACUGGAUUACAGGAAAUAUCUAUUGGACAGACCACUCUCGGAUGCACUGGUUCAGCUAUUACACAGCCCACUGGACUAAGCUCAGAUACUCUAUAAAUGUGGGCCAGCUCAGAGGGCCAAAUUGCACCCGUCUGAUAACUGACAUUGCAGGAGAGCCGUACGCCAUUGCUGUCAACCCAGCCCGAGGGAUGAUGUACUGGACAGUAAUAGGUGAUCAUUCUCAUAUUGAGGAGUCGGCUAUGGAUGGGUCCAUGCGUAGGAUCCUCUUGGAGAAGAACCUCAGGAGACCAACAGGUCUGGCCAUCGAUUACUUUAACCAACGUUUGUACUGGGCUGAUCCUGAGCUCUCCGAGAUAGGCAGUGUGAGAUUGGAUGGGUCGGACCCUCUGGUGGCAAUCAGGGACAGACACGGAAUAUCCCAGCCGUACAGGAUUGACAUAUUUGAAGACUACAUCUACGGGACUGGGCUAAAACACGAGGUCUUCAAAGUUCACAAGUAUGGAAAACAGCCUGUGGAGUUUCUCCACUUGGGUCUCGAGAAAACGACCAAUGUCAUGAUCUCCCACCGAUACAAGCAGCAAGAUGCGGUCAACCCAUGCCUGAGAAUGAACUGUGACUUCAUGUGUCUGCUGAACCCAAUGGGUGCCACCUGCACUUGUCCAGAAGGGAAGGUACUGAUCAACGGCUCCUGCAGUGAUGUCAACAUCUCAGGCGAGCUGUGCCGGCCACCGUGUGAGAACGGCGGGCGUUGCCUGGCCAAUGAGAAGGGGGACUGGCGCUGCUACUGCUGGCCUGACUUCUCUGGAGAACGCUGUGAGGUCAACCACUGCACCGACUACUGCUUCAACGGAGGCACCUGCAUGGGCUCACCCCUGGGGAAGCCAACAUGUCGGUGCCCUGUAGGGUUUACAGGUCCGUUCUGUGAGAAGCGGGUGUGUGAUUACUACUGUCUGAAUGGUGGUACCUGUGAUGUCAGCCUAGGGAACCAGCCGGUGUGCCGCUGCAUGGCAGAGUAUACUGGAGACCGCUGUCUUUACCACAUCUGCCACCAUUACUGUGUAAACUCCAAGGCCUGUACAUUGUCCAGUAGUGGCCAUGUAGAGUGCGUGUGUCCAGCCAAAUACGAGGGCAACAAGUGUGAGGUGGACAAGUGCCUGAGGUGCCAUGGAGCACCUUGCCUCGUCAACGAUGACACAGGAGAUGUGGUCUGCAACUGUACUAAUGGCAGGAUGGCACCCAGCUGUCAGCUAUGUGACGGCUACUGUUACAACGGAGGUACCUGUCACCUGGACCCUGACACCAAUCUGCCCUUCUGUCACUGCACGACAGGGUUCAAGAACCAACGUUGUGAUGAGCUGGCCAACCCAUGUGAUUACUUCUGUCAGAAUGACGGGAUGUGCACUAUCAAUGCCCUUAACAAACCACGCUGCAAGUGCUCAGCAAAUUGGGCAGGGACACAGUGUGAAAGGCCCGCCCCUAAAAGCAGCAGAUCGGACAACACCAGUGGAAGGAGCAUAGCCAUCAUCGUGCCUCUGGUCCUGCUGGUGAUCUUGAUCACAACAGUGGUGGCGGGCGUUUUCAUCUGUAAACGAAGGCAGAGGGGGAAGCGGGUGACAAGGCAGCCCAUGACGAAUGGAGGGAUAAACGUGGAGAUAGGAAACCCUUCCUACAACAUGUAUGAGGUCGACCACGACAACCAUGCAGAUGCUGGCAGCCUUCUGCGACCAAACUUUACACUGGACCCUCAUAAGGGCUGGUGUGUGAAGUCCAGUGACCCUCGCACCCUGGGCAUACAUACUGUGCCCAAGGAGGUGAUACCUGGACAGCCCAUGAACUACUCCAACCCAGUGUAUGCAAAGAUCUACCUUGACGGACAGAACUGUCGGAAACCGGUCAUCAAUAUAGACGAGAGGAGAGAGCUACUCCCAAAGAAACUAGAGGGGACAAUUCGCGAAACUGCCGCAUAGCCUGACUUUACACUUUCUACUCCUUUUAUAAGACAGUGUACAAAUGUAUAAAAACAAGAGGAAAAUAAGAAUUUUCUAUUUCCUAUCAGGCUCCGGUCCUCACGGUUAGGUUUGUUGGUUUUUAGCAUCAGCAUUACCUCCUCAUUUGUGUGCUGAACACUUUUAUUUCAAUUUGUUUAGUUUCCGUUGUUUGCUUUAUGUUUCUCGAACAAUUGUUAUACAGCACUAUAUAGUAUAUACUGUAAGACACUGAAGUAAAGCUGCUGAUUUACAAAAUACCUUAUUAACACCGGAACUCUUCUGUUGUAAAGAAACGUUAAGAUCGAUACAAUACUUAUUUCUGUACCUGUACAUGUCUCUCUCUUGUUAAAGUGGAACCAACAAAUUGUUAUUCUGGUGCAGUAUACAGUACUAACGCAGGUCUCGAUUUUUAUUUUCUGAACAAAUAUCUCAUCUUUUAAAAACAAUAGUAGUUUGAGGUUGGUCAAGUUAUGAUUGCUAUGGUUUCCACUGUCAUUACUUUUCUCAGAACAAAAACUGUUUAUCUUCGCAAUAACAUGUUAUCAUUUCAUGGCUUCAUACCUGAGUAGUGAAGCUUGUUUUCUGUCCUUGUGUUUGUAUCAUUUGUUUCAGCCAUGAUGAAUACACAGGUUAGUUUUAAGAUAGUCCUUUUCCGUUGACCAUCUAAUUCAGUAUUCUACAGUGUUAUAAGCAUCACGUUCAUGUAAUAAUUUCAAACAUAUAUUUGCUCUGCUUCAAAUGGAAGAUAUUUUACUGAGGUGUCUGAAAUGUGUGCUCCAUCUACGCAGUUCUGUUUGGAUCACAGAGAUGACUGAAGCUCAACAUGAAUGUUCUGAGAAUAGUCACAGAUAUAGACGUCCAUAUUUUUUUAGGUCUCUUGUUCCAAAAAAGUAUCUGUAUCUACGUUACGGCAUAAGGAUUUAAACACGGAAAAGGAUUUAACACAACUUUACGGCUACAAUGUGACUUUAGAGAAUUAUAAAAACACUUUCUGUUACUUUCAGAAAGGGAAAGACGAUAGAUAUAACACAUUUUAUAAUUUUGUAUUUUAUUUGUAUGUUUGGCUGCUUGUAUUUUGAAGAAAUGUAUUAAAUGUAAGUACUUUUAUAUAAAUGUAAAUCAAUAUAAAAUAAAGGGGGCUUAUUUCCAUUUCAAAAUACAUA